AAAAAGCACGGGAAUGCUGUUCAGGAAAUUCUUCAGGCAUGGGCAGGGACUUGGCUGCAACUCUGCAGUUGGAAAAUCUGACUGGGGCAGCUUCUGAACACAGGCUGGGCCUGCUCAGCCUCUGCAGGCCGAGCGGCCGCCCCCUUCCAGCCUCUCCACACGCGCCUGGAUCGUCGGGGAUUCUCUUCAGCCGCUUUGUGAAGCAGACGAGAGAUGCCUCAGGAACAGUACACCCACCACCGGAGCACCAUGCCCAGCUCCGAGGGGCCACAGGUAUACAAAGUGGGGAUUUAUGGCUGGCGGAAAAGAUGCCUGUAUUUCUUUGUCCUACUCCUGAUGAUUUUAAUACUGGUGAACUUGGCCAUGACCAUCUGGAUUCUCAAAGUCAUGAACUUCACAAUUGAUGGAAUGGGAAACUUGAGAAUCACAGAAAAAGGUCUAAAGCUAGAAGGAGACUCCGAAUUCUUGCAACCUCUUUACGCCAAAGAAAUCCAGUCCCGACCAGGGAAUGCCCUGUACUUCAAAUCUGCCAGAAACGUUACAGUGAACAUCCUCAACGAACAGACUAAAGUCCUAACUCAGCUGAUAACAGGGCCAAAAGCUGUAGAAGCUUAUGGCAAAAAGUUCGAGGUAAAGACGGUUUCUGGAAAAUUGCUCUUCUCUGCAGACAACAAUGAAGUGGUAGUAGGAGCUGAGAGAUUAAGAGUUUUAGGAGCAGAGGGCACAGUGUUCCCUAAAUCUAUAGAGACACCUAAUGUCAGGGCAGAUCCCUUCAAGGAACUAAGGUUGGAGUCCCCCACCCGGUCUCUGGUGAUGGAGGCCCCAAAAGGAGUAGAAAUAAAUGCAGAAGCUGGCAACAUGGAAGCCACCUGCAGAACAGAGCUGAGACUGGAGUCCAAAGAUGGAGAGAUUAAGUUAGAUGCUGCGAAAAUCAAACUACCUAGACUGCCUCAUGGAUCCUACACGCCCACAGGAACAAGGCAGAAGGUCUUCGAGAUCUGUGUCUGCGCCAAUGGGAGAUUAUUCCUGUCCCAGGCAGGAACCGGUUCCACUUGUCAGAUAAACACGAGUGUCUGCCUGUGAGAGACCAUGCAUAGUGGACAUGUCGGCAGCAUCCAGGCCUUUUUCGGCUUUAGACCCUGGCUGCCAGCUAUUUUUACUAGAACACAGAAAGCCUAUCAAAGACCUUUUGUGUGUGUGUGUGUGUGUGUGUGUGUGUGUGAGUUUGUGUGUGUGGGUGAUAUAAAUAUAUAUAAAUAUAUAAAUAAAUAUAUAUAUACUCUGUAUAAAAUGAGGUUUCAGUACAAAAGGAACCAUGGGUGACCCUGUGAUAUCCACUGUCAUUGCCAUCCCAACCCCACCACAUACAUGAUAAAAUCAAGACACUAAUUCGGGCCCAAUAUUCCCCAGACCCUGCAGAAUCACACAGUGUAUCGACACUUACUGAAUAUUCGCCUACACGUGUGAGUAACAGCCUGUCUUUUCCUUUAGUGUCAUUACAAGGCAGUGAUGGCGGGAAUUUGCAAGUCACACCCAAGGGUUGAGACCCUUGUAGUAAAAGCAGACACUUUAUUAGCUUUUGUGCAGCUGGCCAACUUCUCCCCUUUCAACUUAGGGAUGGGGCAGUGCCAUAGAAGUCAGACAGAGGAACUCAACAUGGCUGUGCUACUUUUGCAUCCAAAUGUAUUGGGCUUCUGUGGCUGGAUGAAUUAGAAGGAUGGAUUUUAGCAAAGUUUGAAAGGCUCACCCAACUCCUGUGAGCUUAUUACUUCCUUCAAACCCACGUAUUAUCCCACAGUCAAAACAGGAGCUGUAAAUCAGCACAAAAUAGGAAAACAGUUGCUCCUCAGUCAGCUAGAAGCUCCUCGAUGGCCUGACAGACUAAGAAUAAAUGGGCAAUAGGUCUCUGUUGGAAGUGAAAAAAUGGCUCAAAAUCUGUUACAUCCUCACUCCUGUUGACUUCAUCCAACAGACUCCUACCCAAAAUGAUCACGUCAAUCCAAAUCUUUAAGAGUGGAACCCCUACCCCCAAGAGAAGCUAUUUGGAGAUGGAAAUCAAAGAGUGGCGAAGGAAACCAAAUUAUUUUCAAAUAUGUUUCUGGGGACUGGUAGGUAAUUUAGAGGCAUGCGUUUCAUUAUUAAAGGUAUGCACAAAUUCUCUGCCUUCAAUCUUCUUAUAUAUUUUUUCAGUAUUGGGAUAUUCAUUUUCCUAAGUUGACCAUUGUUUUCUCUAAGAACAGUGACCCAAGAAUCACAGAUCUAAAGUACCACAUGCCCCCAGAAAUGCUCACUGAAAAUUAAUAUAGACUGAGUCAAGUGUCUUUAUUAGAACCAUUGUGUCACCAGGGGGGCCCAGCAGUACCCACUCCCCCGUAUGCGGAAGCAGCUCCCUAAUUCCCGCCAUCAGCUACCUCCCAUCACCCCACUUUCAUCAUCGUGCUCCAGGGUCACCCUGGCCAGCUCUUGUGCUGGGACAGGGGAUUACACCAUCUCUGUUCAAAGAGGGGGAUACGUGCCUAUGCCUUACGACAAUGCACUCAGCAAGGAGAAGCACAUCCAAUAUUUAUCUUGUGUUACCUGUAGUUUAUUUUGAGUGAUUGGAGGGGAAGGGUUUCACAAUGACUGGGCAUCUUAAAAGCUGGUAGGCAAACCAAGUGGCUGACAGAUGUGGACGCCGAGGAGCCUGGAAGGGAGACAUAACUGCUUUCGACCAUCCUGGAUGCCACUUGGCAAGCAGUAGCCCCACAGUCCUAAAUGAAGUCAUAUUUGUAGGCCUGAAUGGCACUUGUUUGUUGUUGUUUUUUUUUCCUCAACAGGGUUCUGCUUUUUCUUACUUCACAAGCAGAGGGGAGAUGUGCCAUAGGAAAUGAAUAAGAGGUUUGGUAUUUUUGAGAUGACACUCUAGCAUCGGGCUGAGUUUUGCACAUGUGGAAGGUAAAAGCAAGCUAUGUGUUGCUUAGUCACUUAGAAGUGGCGGGGAGGAGGGGUGGUUCCAGCCUGACCAGUGGCCCUGCUGGCUCCCGGACCCCAGGGCCCUUCCAGUCACUCCUGCUUAAUAUCCGUACAGAAGAAUUGGGUUGCUCAAGGGUGAGACCGUAAGAUUGCUUAGUGUGCAGCACUAGGGUCUAAAAAGGAAAACCAUAAAGAGAUAUGCAAUUGCUCUGGCUCAGUAUUAUUUAUAUCCUGUAGGAUCACACCGCCAGAAUCUGCAUGUACCACACCCAGAGUUUUUCCAAGCCAGGAAAGGCCCUCCUUGGCGACUGGGCGCAUCUACCCCAUAUCUUUCAGAUCAACAGUAGUACCUGUAAGGUCCUUUGUGGCUAAAUACCUGAAGACAAAGGUUUUUGUUUGUUUGUUUGUUUUUUAAGCAGACAGACCAUCUUUGCAUUUUGUCAUCUCAAGUACAUAUUCUAAGGAUGAGAAAGAAAUGGAAGGUUCCCUGAACCUCUUUCAUCUAAUUUUGUUCCAAUAGUUAAAUGAAAGUCUGAGAUCAGCACCUUGGAAAUUUUAUGCCGAUAAAAAAGACUGGUGUGAUGCCACCUGCAAAAAUUAAUCCUAAAUGUACUCAGAUCACAAAUAGAAUAAAAAGAAUAAUAGCAACCAAGAAUAGAAAUCAAGCACCUAUGGGGACAGACAUGAUAUAAAAUUCUGAUUUUCAUUUGUGCUAAGUGACUACGGUAUACCAGGUAAUGAGCAGGAGGUUUGGCGUGGAUUAAAUUAUGUAUUUCAGUUCAGACUUUAGAAUUCAGUAAUUGCAUAUUAAGUCCUUCAAUGUACAUUUUUUUUCUCCCAGCUUCCUCCAACUAGAAUACCUGUCCAUGGUCAUGAGAAAAAGUUUUACCUGAAUUCUGGGGAAAAGAAAAGCUCUUUUACAUUAAAGUCUGAUACCUUUAAUUUAUAAAAAUGAGAUCCUUUCUAAUCUUAUAUACAAUAUCUUCUAGAAAAUCACAUCUCUCAGUAUAUUAAGCAGUGGGUGGCAUAACAAAGAGUUUAAAUGAAUUUUCAAUAUUCUAGAAGUUCCAGUACGUUAAUAUUCUUCAGAAAAGUUUUAUAAAUUAAAAGUUGAUCUCCAAAUGUGUUUAGCACCUACUUCUAUUGGAUAUCUGCUCAAUAAGUUGUUAAAGUUUAGUCUUAAGAGGUUUUCAAAAGCCCUUUUGGUGACAUCAGUCCAGGUGGAAACUUGAUACAAAGCUGUAUCUUUCUGUUACCCAAGAGACAGAGCCUAUAAACUUGAAUUGGCUUUUAACUUCCUUUAGGUCAGUUUUCCCUUGGAUGAUUUCCAUUGUAUAUCCAGCACCAUAGACCAAAGAUUGCUUGAGGCUUGACUCUAGCACAGGGGUCAACAAACUCUGGUCCCGAAACCAAAUGGGACUCAUCACCUGAUUUUGUGAAUAAAGUUUUAUUAUAACACA